GUUUCAUGAUCAGCUGUAUUAGGGAGCGACAUUAUUUGUGUUUUCUAUCGUUAGUUAGACACAGAAAACAUUGUCAAUGGCGUCAGAAAACUAUGGGGAAAUGAGCGGGGAGGAUAUGUGUGAGUACCUGAGAGAAAAAGGACUUGGAAGGUGGGCAGAUGCAUUUAAAGAAAAGUCUGUUAUCAAGCUGCGGGAGCUCAAUGAUGGUGUUCUGGUUGGGAAGGGCAUAUAUCAACCUGAGGAUCGUCAGAAAAUCUUGGAUAGUAUCUUGAAGAUCUGGCCAGCAGCUCCCAAGGUGUUUAAUGAUCCAAUCCACGGACAUAUGGAGUUGCACCCUCUUCUUGUCAAGGACACUCAAGUGCAUGAGGACGCCUCUGUAGAAAUGUUCGACCACCUGAUGAAAUCCAAUGAGGAUCUGCAGUGGAUGAUGAGGGCAUGUGGCCUGAAGCUGCCCAAAGACUUGGUCUUCAUCAAAGAGAUGAUUCAACCCCCGGCAGCUCAAGAGGAAGUGAGUCAUGCAAUUUGA